AUGUCCAGACUUGAGAGAAUGCCUGUCCACUUAUUUGAUUGUUUCAUCUCUAUAUCUAUGUUAGAACCAAUAUUAAAUAAUUGUCUGUUCCCAUCUAUAUCUAUCUAUCUAUCUAUCUAUCUAUCUAUCUAUCUAUCUAUCUAUCUAUCUAUUGCGUUCAGAAGUAUCUCAAUGCUCUUCUGCCGUAAACAGCUCGAUUUCUUUAAUAGUCGACCCUCUUUGCCCUUUCCCUUCUAUGAUGUCCUAGAUUCGUCUUUUUCUGCGACGUCUCAUUGGUCCCUUCAUCGUCGGUUUCCUGUUGUACCAUCGUCUCUUGUUUUUCAUUUUUCUUUUAUUCAUUCAUGGAUUUUUUUUCUAUCUGACGUUUCAUUCUUUGUUCUUUCUUUUCAUUAUUCGCCAUUUUCUCUGAGUCUUAUUUUUCUUUUAAUGUUUUUUAAACGUUAUACCAAUUCGUUCUCAAGCUGUCUAAUACCAGUUUUUUUUAUUGUUUCUUUUGGGGGUGGGGAGUUUGACACAAUUGUCGCCUUUCUUUCUUCGUUCUCGUUUUCUAUGUAUUUUACGUGCUUUGCUUUCCCUUUUCUUUCUCUGCUAUCUCUUUCUUCAAAAUAUUCCUUGCUUUUUCUUUCUUUCUUUCUUUCUUUCUUUCUUUCUUUCUUUCUUUCUACAGCAAUAAAAGGGGUUGCUGAAAUAUUUUCGGCCUGA